AUGUCGUACUUCAAGACCGAAUACCAGCGGUUCCUCGAUAGUCCCAGGUCUGCUAAAUUGGCCGACGAUGUCUCGUUGAUCUAUGUCCCUACCACCACCAAGUUUGAGCAGGCCGAUAAUGUGAUCACUCACGUUUUGAAGAAUGCCAAAGUGGUGAAGACGAAAUCUCAACAAAUCAUUGGCGCCAUUGAAGGAUCCGACUCGCUAUGUCUGGACAUGGAAACCACCCUCGAGUUCACGGAGGGUGGUGGUGUUUAUCUUCCCCACCUCGAUGAUAAUUUCCUGGCCGACCGUGUCGCGACUUUCCCCACGAUUCACAUUGUUCACUUCGAUGCCCACCAACAGAUUAAGCAGAUCCGAAUUUACUGGGACCAAGGUUCAUUGCUGAAACAAGUCGAGGUCAUUGGAGCGCGCGGACGUCAAUGGCCCAUUCGUGAUGGAAAAGACCAGACUCGUCUUCUCAGAAACGCGGAGACAGCCCGUGCGACUCCCUCGCAGCUUGCAUCUCCGCAGACCACUCUUCCCACCCGUUCCUCAUCCCCGGGCAAGCGUCGCAUCAGGGACCCCUAUGCCGCCGAAUCCCUCACCGAGCUUCUCUCGCCUAGCAAGGAGACCGCCGAGAUCGAGCGCCGCGCCGCGGAGGCAGCCGCCCGACCUGCUUCUUCUUCUUCGGGCAAGCGAUAUACGAAGGAUCCCUACGGAGCGGGUUCCCUGACCGAGAUUUUGUCCCCUACCAAGCAGGCUCCUGCGCCUGUGGCUCCUUUUGCGCCUUCCUCUGGACGUCCUGCUACGCGCAACUUCAGCGACAUCUUCGUGAGAGAUGACGAUGUGCCAGACUCGCCCUCAAAGCCCCAGCGUCGGGCUCCUCGCACCAUUGAGGAGGAAGAGAAGCCCGCCAAGCCCGCCGUUGGGCCUGUGGACGAAGACCGUUCGUUCUACAAGACCCAUGCCGGCAAGUUUAGUCACUUCGAGGUUGGCGCCGACAAUUCUGAACGCGAGGUUAAGAAUGAAUCGAGACAUGCCCAGCAUUACCACAAGGCUCACUGGGAAUUUGGUGACUUCAGCACCCCCGACAAGGCCUCGCGUUCCACACACGGACCCAGAGGCCGAGAGGAACUGAACGUGAGCAAGCUCCGCCGCGACGUGGACCACCACUUCGAGUUGAACGAUGACAAGGAGGACGACGGCCGUAUCAUCGGCUCAUUCCAGGGCCGCGGCCAGCGUCUUUACGAGAACCGCCUCUUCGACGAUGAAGGACAGCCCAAGCUCUCUGAUCGAGAGCAGAAGGACGAGCCCCUGGCAAUCACCGGUAACGCGGCCAACCGCAAAAAGAACUUCGUCUCCCAGUUCGAGAUAGUGGAUGAUUCGCCCGUGCCCACCAAGGAGAACACCCAGCCCAUGCCGAAACACGACAAGGCUGUCAAGAUGAUGGAGUCUCAGUGGGACAACUACGACGAGUCGCCCGAGCCUAAGCGCACUGCCACUGCGCAGCGCAACCCAGGCCACAACCAGCCAAGCUGGCACCACGGAGACGAGUAA